AUGGCUUCUGCUCGCAAGAUCCGCGGUCUCGAACUGCACCCUGACAACAAGAAUCACUUCCAAUUCCGCCGCGCCAACGAAGGUGCUGUGGCUCUCACUUUCACUAUUCCGCGCCGACACAAGUCGCGCCGCGACCUGGACGACAGCAUCGUCCAGAUUACCAACCUCCUUAGCCAGGUCCGAAAGGAGAUGACCAUCAUGGCCGCCGAAGGGCCCCUUAGCACCGACGCCCUCGGCGACCUCGUCGAGGAGGCCCGAACCAUGGUGAAGGGGGCAGUUUUUGUUAUCACUAGAUUCUACCAUGACCGUGAGGAGGGCCUCCGCACCGCUCGUCAGCGCGAGUACGCCCUGCUCCGCCAGGAAGGCCGCGGCUGUUUCCUCUACCGAAUCCACCACGCCCUUAUUACGAUUCGCUACGACUUCGAAUCCCACGCCUCGCAGAUCCUCGCCAGCCGCGAUUCCCGUAUCGCCAAGCUUCACGACGCUCUCCACAAGGUUGAGGUCCAGAAGCUUGCCCUCGUGGCCCAGGGAGGCACCACCCCUUACUAG